AUUUAGUGCAACAUUAUAAAUAUCAAUAAAUAAAAUGAUUUUAUUUCAUUGUGAAGUUUUUAUUUAAAUCAAUAGAGAAAUUUAUUUUUAAAAAGUUGUGUGUAAAUAAAUUAACCGCGGUUACAAAAUAUUUCUGUAACAUAAUGACAAAGGAUCAUGUUAAUUAUGUUUACGAUCCAGUGGUGUUAAAAGGUCGAAACACUGAACACCCGGUACACCCAUUAAUACUGAGCCGUUCAUCGCCCCGGGAGAUGUCCGGUGAGGACAUACCGGACAGGGAGCUCAUGGCCCUAUUUGACGCAGCCAGGUGGGCACCGUCAUACCGUAACGCGCAACCAUGGCGAUUUUUGUACGCCAAACGUAGCACGGUACAUUGGCAAAAGUUUUUGGACAUAGUUAAACCGGCUAAUCAAGCAUGGUGUCACACGGCUAGCGCACUGGUAGUAGUAGUGGCCCACAAGUGGACAGUCGACCGAGAGACUGGUAAACCCAAGGAGAUACCUACGGCUAGCUUUGAUACCGGGGCCGCGUGUAUGGCACUGGCAUUGGAGGGGUCGGGUAGGGAUCUGGUGGUGCACUGUAUGUUUGGUAUGGACUUUGAAAAGGCGUACAAAGUGUUUGGCAUCGAUCGGGAUAGGGAUGGCGUUCAGUGUAUGAUAGCUGUGGGCAAACGGCCGGCGCUGACGGUCAGGGAUAGAGAGCCGAGAGUUUCGCAGCGAAACCCUAUCGAGAGUUUUGCAUUUGAGGGCGGAUUUGUCAAAGUUUACCAUAAAUGA